UCCGCCUGUCUACCGUGUCCAUCAGCAGACUCUCCCGGUGUAGAUCUGCGUUGCAGCCGGUCUCAGACGUGUCCCGGUCACGGAGAAGCAGCAGCAGCCUGAGCAGCUGUCAUGAGAAUCAGCUGGACGAACAAGGAAGGAGAUAAACAACAACACGACUCCGUCUUUCAAAAUCAAGGUUUCAUCUGGUGAGGCGGCAGGAUGGCGGGGGCAGAGGUGUUCACCCCUGCAAACCCCACCUGCAAGAUCAUGACCUUCAGGCCUACUAUGGAGGAGUUCAAGGACUUCAACCAGUAUCUGGCUUACAUGGAGUCUCAGGGUGCACACCGCGCAGGCCUGGCGAAGGUGAUUCCUCCUAAAGGCUGGAAGCCUCGUCGUACCUAUGAUGACAUAGAUGAGCUGAUGAUCGACGCUCCCAUCCAGCAGAUGGUGGCUGGCCAGUCAGGGCUCUUCACUCAAUACAACAUUCAGAAGAAGCCUCUUAAUGUGGCGGAGUUCAGGCGACUAGCUAACAGUGACAUGUACUGUACACCUCGCUACCUGAACUACGAAGAUCUGGAAAGAAAGUAUUGGAAGAACCUCACUUUUGUCUCACCCAUAUAUGGUGCUGAUGUCAGUGGCAGCCUCUAUGAUGAGGAUGUGGAGGAGUGGAACAUUGGCCACCUGAAUUCUAUCUUGGAUGUUAUUGAGGAGGACUGUGGUGUAUCCAUCCAGGGCGUCAACACCCCAUAUCUGUACUUUGGCAUGUGGAAGACCACUUUCUCCUGGCACACAGAAGAUAUGGACCUGUACAGCAUCAACUAUCUCCACUUUGGAGAGCCCAAGUCCUGGUAUGCCAUCCCCCCUGAGCACGGGAAGAGACUGGAGCGCCUGGCUACAGGUUUCUUUCCCAAUAGCUUCAAGGGAUGUGAAGCUUUUCUUCGUCACAAGAUGACUCUAAUCUCCCCUUCCAUACUGAAGAAGUAUGGCAUUCCCUUUGAUAAGAUUACCCAGGAAGCUGGAGAGUUUAUGAUCACCUUCCCUUAUGGCUACCAUGCUGGCUUCAAUCAUGGUUUCAACUGUGCUGAGUCAACCAACUUUGCCACUGUGCGCUGGAUAGACUAUGGCAAGGUUGCCACACAGUGCACAUGUAGCAAGGACAUGGUAAAGAUAUCUAUGGAACCAUUUGUGAAGCGUUUUCAACCUGACCGGUAUCCAAACUGGAUGUUGGGCAAAGAUUCGACACCAAUUGACCACACAUUUGCCACUCCUAGUAGUACACCUGAGCUGCAGAGCUGGUUGCAGAGGCGCCGCAAGACAAAACCUGCCAAUAAAGGCACCCACUCUCGAAUGCGCUCCAAGCGCCUCAGAACCACAGAGGAACCUGUUGGUCUGGAUGGCAGCUCGGCUCUGACCAGCAGCAAGAGGAAAGGUCUGGGUGGUCCGCCUGGGCCCAAGGUGCGAAGGUCUGUCGCAGGGCCAGCCUGCAAGGCAGAAAAGUUGGAGGAAGAGGAAAAAGAGGGGAAAAAAGAAGGCAGGGAAGCUGAAUCAAAGCACAACCAGACUCUUAACUCUGCUCAGCUUUCUGGUGCUUGCAGACAGAUGUGUGUUGUCAAGGUAAAUCGAGUAGAGAGUAAUCGUUUGGGAUUUUCUACUGUGGAUCCUAAAAACUCUUGCUCCAGCUCCUUUCCCUCCCCUGCCUCAGUAGUAAAGAAUGACUUAAAGGCAGAGACAGACACUCAUACUGACCCUCAAUACAUCUCAGAGUUAGGGGUCAUGAGCAGGACUCCUGAAGGACUCAGACAUUGGCCUGAGGCUACCCAGAUGCAUCCGGAAAUUAAUGAAUCAAGGUGUUGCUCUCCUCAACCAAAAGACCUCUCUUCUCAGGAUUGCUCUACCAGGGCUGCUCCCCAGGAGACCUCAAAACACAGCUUAUCUUCCCACACAACAAACACACAGAUGGGCUUGUGUCCUCCAGACUCUGAAGCUCAGACUUCUAGUUCCUUGUGUCGAGAAGACUCUUUAAGCUUAGCACCAAACACUGAGAGCAGCAUGGACACAGGUACUGAGAAUCACAUUAAUGACACUGCUAAGGCAGAGAAAAUGGACACUGUUGACCCAAAACAUAUCAAUCCACACUCCACUAAAGAAGCACUUUAUGAUCCCAGAACUGAGCCAGUAGAGGGGGGUAGUUACACACCAUGUGGCCCUUCUACCUCUUUAGGACACAAUUGCAGUUCAAAAAACAGCAGCACUGAAGAAAUUAUUUUCCCUCCUCUGUUACAGAGGAAUGCAGGAGAUAUGCCACAUCUCACUCCUGAGCCAGCAGAUAAGGUUGGAAUUUGUCCGUUGCCACCUGUACUGACCCAAGAGAUGCCCUCACUCACCCCUGCGGAAGAUGGGUUAACUCACAGACCGAAAUCUAGAACUUACACUCACCAGGUUGCACCUGUGCUUCAGCGGGAGACGCCAGCUGGCUCCCAAUCCUCACAUGGAGCCAAACAGGAGCAGACAGCGACUGACUCAAAGAUGUCAAAAGAAUCUCUUACUGCAGAACACGCCAACAACUGGCAUUUAGAUCCUCCAGCAGUAUCUGGUUUAGAACGUAGCACAGCUCAUUUAACUAGCAAUGCUAUGCACAAAAUAACAUCUGGUGGUGUCCAGGAAAUGCUAAUAAUCCCAGAGAUUGCAGCAGAAAAGGGUCACACAAAGCUAGAAAAUCUUACUCCUGGACAGAGUAAUGUCUCCACUCACCACCUAGUUCAGAGCGUUGCACCCCAAACAGAGCAGCAGUCCAGCUUAGCAGAGUUAGAAAGUAAAGAUAACUCCAAGGACCCAGCUCAAAGAGACAGUGCCUUCAGUCUCAGAAGUACUGGCUCUCUUUUGACUGGUGCCUCAAACAAUAAUCCCCAGGCCCCUUCCCCUCCAGUACGCUCUCAAAAUGACAGUCACUCAGCAUUACAGCUUCACAACACUACAUACUCCCCUUCACAUUGUACCUCAUACAUAGAGCCCAAACCCUUCUCCAGCAGCAUUUGGAAAAACUUCAACUCCCAGGGUCCUGCAGUACUCAUCCAGAGUCUCCACCCAGAACUCCCUUCUGACUUCACCCAUGAUCCCCUACCUUACACCAUGUGGACGGAACCACAGUGCAAAGAGGUCACAGACCUGGAGGACCCAGAACAAGACCUCCGUGAGUCAGAGAGCCAGGAGGAGGAAGCUGGGCCUCUCACCUGGGCCCAGCUUGAGCCCACCACUUUAGUUUCAGUUGGUGCUGUCGAGCCCCUGGGGUUUUGUGGAGAUUAUGAGCUCCACAGAGGGGAAACAGAUGGGGCUGAAGCCCUUUCCCUCUGCAGGGAGCUGGGGAGACAGAGGGAGACAGAGGAGAGUCUGCAUUCAGAUACUGCUGUUUCACCCCCAAUGACGGGGGUAGGAGAACAGGACGGCGUGUCCGAUAUGGAAGAAGGCGGGUCUGAAGAGGCAGACCAGCCAAAUAGUGCCAAGGGAGAGACCAGUAGUGAUUCAUCUGAUGAAGAGGAAGAAGAAGAGGAGGAAAAUGAUACAAGCAACUACGAAUGUGAUGAAUCAGGCCUGGAACCUGGGGAGGUUUGUGCUUACCCUGCCCUGUCAGUGAAGAGAACUACUAAGAGCUGGCGUCACCCACUCAGGAAACCUACUGCAAGGGCUGUACCCACUGCCGUCAAACAACAGGCUGCCAGUGAUGAUGAGCCCCCUGAAGCAAGCCUGGCAGAGGAGGAGGAGACUGAAAUUGAAGCAUGGGCGAAACCCCUCGUUUACCUGUGGCAGAGCAGGAAGAGCUCCUUCACAGCAGAGAGGGAGUACAAUGCUCAUGCAGCCACCAUGCAGCCACAUUGUGCUGUGUGCACACUCUUCAUGCCCUAUUAUCAGGCUGAAGACAAAGCAGAGGACAAUAGACCUUUCAUAGCUAAGGACACUUCCGAAUUAUCCUCUCUUGAGGAGGGCUCCACACGUCCCUGCAGAGGUCUGAGGAGGACCAAACCCCUGGUCCCUGAGAUCUGCUUUUCUUUCCGGGAGCAGAACUGCCCUCCGACACCCACAAACCCUCUGCUGCAGGAAGAUGGCACCUCCCCUCUGCUAUACUGCCAGGGCUGUUGCCUGCAAGUCCAUGCAAGUUGCUAUGGUGUCUCUGCAGAUGAUGUCAGCGAACAGUGGUCAUGUGAUCGCUGCACAGAAGGAAGUUUUACAGCAGAAUGCUGUCUCUGUAACCUCAGAGGUGGGGCUCUGAAGAAAACCCAAAACGACAAAUGGUCCCAUGUGAUGUGUGCAGUAGCACUACCAGAGGCGAGGUUCAGCAGUGAAGCCAAGAGGGGUCCCAUUGACACCAGUAGGAUCCCCAUGCAGCGAUAUAAGCUGAAAUGCAUCUAUUGUCGUAAGCGCUGCGCGGGGAAGCGGCAGGCAGGUGCUUGUAUCCAGUGCUCAUGCGGCCGGUGUCCCACCUCCUUUCAUGUGACCUGUGCCCAUGCUGCCGGUGUAAUCAUGGAGCCUGAUGAUUGGCCGUAUGUGGUGUCAAUCACCUGCCAUAGACACCAAUCACGGAGCUCUUCAGCUAAGCAGCGAGCAAGCCAAGCGUCUAUCUCACUGGGCCAGACGGUGAUCUCAAAACACAAGAACCUGCGCUACUACAGCUCCAAGGUCACACAGAUCACGUCCCAGACGUUCUACGAGGUCAUGUUUGAUGAUGGCUCCUUCUCCAACGAUACCUACCCUGAGGAUAUAGUGAGCAGAGAUUGUGCAAACUUGGGUCCUCCUGAAGUGGGGGAAGCUGUUCAAGUGAAAUGGCCUGAUGGGCUCUUCUAUGGUGCCAAAUACCUGGGAUCCAACGUCUCCUACAUGUACCAGGUGGAGUUUGAGGACGGGUCUCAGGUGCUGGCAAAGAGAGAAGAUGUCUAUACUUUAGACGAAGACCUGCCCAAAAAGGUGAAACGUAGACUUUCCACGGCCUCAAGUAUGCGUUUCCAAGACGCCUUCUUUACCACGCAAGGGGAGAGGAAACGGCAGCGAACACCUAAUUCACGAUUCCAGAAAGACUAUGUGGCCCUGCCAGGCCUCCGUACAACUGCCAAAAGCACAUGGGAGCAACGCAGCCACAAAGGGAAAUGAAGUGAUGCGGAAGGAUCAAUGAGAAUUUAAUGCACUGAGUUAACAGUGGAUGUAGAGGGGCGGUUGUGUGUGUGUGUGUGUGUGUGUGCGUGUGCGUGCGUGCGUGUGUGUGUGUGUGUGCGUGUGUGCGUGUGUAUAUGUGUGUGUGUGUGUGUAUGUAUGUGUGUGUAUGUAUGUAUCAAUCUACUUCCAUCUUAACUAUUGCCCAGACAACCUGCCUGUGAAUAGAUCAGAGGAAAUGACGUGAGGGAAUGGGUGAUUUGGGUCAGAUGGAGGUUACAACACUUACGCUUGUACAUUAUACAUCAGUGAUUGGUUGGCGGGUGGUGUGACAUGCUGGAGACGAAUUCUGAUUGGACACCUGGACUCUACAGAAUGGCUUAACAGAGGGCAUUGUUGCCUCACUUGCCUAGUGCUUUCACAUCCGUCAGGGAAAAAACAAACUGUGACUUAACAUUUGUCACAUCACCCUUUUUGAAAUAAACCACAACUUUUUUCCUUGUACAUGAAAAACUCAAAAGUGAGAUUUUUCUAAAUAGCUUGCCUACCGUAGGUUUUUUGGGGGUCUGUUUUAAUUUUGAGUAUUUAUGCACUUUGCUUGUAGUAUUUUCCUCAUGUCUUACUGUUUCUCCCCGCAUGUUAAACACUGUCUCUAAACUGCUUCUGCUGGGCCAAAUCCAAGCACACCACAAUGGCUUCCUCUCUGCACAUUUUUUAAUUAAUGCUGACAGAAAUAUGUUAAUUGUGUAAUUUGACAUUGAAAAAAAUGCAUCAGUAAAGAAAAAAAUUAUUGAAGACAUGCUAAUCACGCAACAUAAAAAGAUUCAGACAGGAAGUCAUUCCUGUGUGUUGGAUUCUGAGUCCUAUUAACGUGAAAUGCUACUGUUACUCUGUUGAAUGAAACACAUUGAUGACAUUAUUUAAAAUUUGUAUUUAUUUCCGGCUUGGUAUAGUUAAACUAUUGCUAACUGCUGUAAGGAAAACAAUAAAAAGUGCAUAUUUGUUUUUUUUUGUAAUUGAAUUGUCAUUAAUUUAUUGGCAAUUCCAGAUGCAGUGGAAUAGACUGCUACAGUAUGUGAUGGUGUACACUAGUUUGAAUCUUGAAUCCAUUGAAUUCGGGUAAUAUGUUUGAUGCUGAAAAUGAAUAUUGGAACAAUAAUUUGAACAAUAAUCCAUAUUUAAAUGGUUAUUUUAUUAAAAUAUACACUACAAUAUGAUGUUGUGAUUGCUAUGUUGAAGAAAAGUGAAAGGGAUGAUAACAUUGCCAGUGCUGGCUAUGAAUGAUU